GGCUUCACGUGCCGCUGGCGCUGAUGGCGGCGGGGUUCGCGGAGGGUCGCACUGAAGCGGGAGCGCGAGGAGGCGGGGGACAGACGGCGGAACCUAGCGCUGAUGCUCCGCCAAGCGAGCCGUGAGCACACCGAGCCGCACUGCAGGGAGGCCCGCUUACUGGAUGGAGGGUCCGGGACGUCCUAUUGGCCGUCGUCUCGUCUCGCCCCACCAGCCGCUCCUCUCCUCCUGCUGCUGCUGCUGCAGCAGAAGCAUCUUGGUGGGGUUUGUCUGAAAAAUUACCUCGACAUUGCCAGGCUAGCUGCAGCUUCACUGUCAUCUCUGUCCUGCAGCUCAAACCCGCCAAGUGUUUAGAAACAGCCAGAGAGUAAAAACAGAUUCUGUAAGAAACCAAACUGCUUCGAACAUGUAGGUGGGCUGUGACCAGUACCAGGUAGCUAACGGUGAGUUAGCGGCUUGAGGUGGACGGGUAGUGGUGGCUCUGGCGUAACAGAAGGUGAUCAGCGGGGGUGCGAUGGAGUACCACUCCGGUGGCAGCCUGCCCCUGCUGGGGAGACCGCGGUACUGCCCUGGAGCCAACGCUAACGGAGGAUAUCUGUGUGAGACGGGACACUGCUGCGGAGAGACCGGCUGCUGCACCUACUACUACGAACUCUGGUGGUUCUGGCUGCUUUGGACCGUUCUCAUCCUGUUCAGCUGCUGCUGCGCGUACCGGCACCGGCGGGCCAAGCUGCGGGUCCAGCAGCAGCAGAGGCAGAGAGAGAUCAGCCUGCUGGCCUACCAUGGAGCCAACUCCUUCCCCUCCUCCAUGCUGGACCUCAGUUUCCUGGCGUCGCUAAAGCUACCGUCCUAUGAGGAGGUGGCAGCCCAGCCCUCCACUCCUCCUCCGCCGUACAGCUCUGUUUUUACGACCCCUCGAUACCCGCAGCCGCCGCGCGCCGCCGACCCGCACCUGCUCACGCAGCACGGCCCGCUGCUGCACCGACCGCUGAGCGACGGCCCGUCCUCCUUCAGCUCCGACAACAGCUCCAGCUGUUCCUGCGACUCCUGCUGCCCCUCUUCUCCAUGUAGCUCUUCUCUCUCAGCGCCCAUCACCUACGAGACCGACACAAGCCACGCCUCCACGCCAAGCGAGGCCACGCCCCUCAACCUUGACGUCACCAUGGAGACCAUAGCAGCUGCAGCCAGCUGCCUGGCGGCCGGCGAGGGCCGGUUCGCCUCUGAGAGACUGGCCGCCGCGGUGGCCAUCGACAUCGAGGGCGCCGAAGACGUCGGCGCUCAGGAAGCCUCCGCCACGGACUCUUCCCUCCCUAGCCAGACUGUUACCGUGGCGGUUGUUACCAGGGCAACGCCGUCUCAACCCUCACCUGGCUCUGAGGUCACCCUCACCGUUGCAGCUUUGUCUCCUGGAAAGCUCGACAUGCCUCCUCCAUGUUCUCCGAUCGUUAGCACCGGUAGCUCCAGUCCACUCCCCAGUCCGAGGCUCGAUGCCAUCCAGCUCCCCUCCAGUAAAAACACAAGAACUGGAAGUCUGUCAGGGCCUCCCACGCCAACAGCGAACCCCUCUGACUGCAGCGGGCCGGUCGAAGCUCUGGAGACUCUUGAUUCUUCGAGAACGUUUGAUCCACCCAGUGCCCCUUCGACUCCAUCAGCACCGUCUCCAGACGUUCACAGAACUAUGGCCUUGAAAGCAGACUCUGCCAGCCUUCUGACUCCUCAUCAGGAUGUUAGCGUUGUGCCAGCCGAUGCACCUGGAACCCCGACCCAAACUAUAGCGUCUCCAAACCCGACCAAGGACCAAGAACCACUGCUGUCUGAUUGUACUUCAGCCAUUAUUGGUGCCCCUCUGAUUCCAAAACCAACACAUUUGAAUCUCAGCCCCGGUUCGAUUACGCAGACCGUUUCAUCUCCAUUGACUCAAAACUUAGAAACAUCUUCUGGGUCGGGUUUGGCCCAGAUUCCCUCAAGUCCUGGGUCAGGGCCUUCCCCGCACUCUAAUCUAGUUUUGACUGUGAACGGUUCUGGACCGAGUCCAGAACUGCGUGGUUCGUCUGAGUCAAACCUUCUCGCACCUUUGCCUUCAGAUGUUCAGGCUAGUUUUAGCUCUGGAUCAGGAUCGCCAACCCUGGUUCCGGUUCCUGUGGACGGCUCUUCUUCUUGUCCAGCAAUCACGAUUGAGUCUGAAACUUGUUUCAUGUCUUCUCCGUCACCCCUUGCGGUUCUUUCUCCAGCCUCGCCCCGAUCUCCUUUUGUGGCACCAGCAUUACUCUUGGACCCCCUCACCGCUCUUCACCCGUCCGACAAAGGCGGUUCCUCCUCCGGCCACGCGUCCUCCCUCUCCCCGUCACCCCGCGCUACUCAGUCUCCACCGAAACAGACCGUCUUCUCGCCGUGCGUUGACGUCUUCGAACCCGGACCCGCGUGCUGGGAGGACGGAGACGAGGAGCAGGCCGCUGGGGACAGAGAGGAGGACGAAGACGAUGACAUGGGAGUGGACGAGAGCCAGUAUCGGCACCGUCGUCUCACCGGUGACUCCGGGAUUGAGGUGUGCAGAUGUCGAGUAGAGGAGGAGGACGAGGAUGAAGAGGAGGAAGAGGAGAAAGACGGAGACACGGAUGUGCAUGAUAGCGUGGAUUGUCCCGCAAGAAGUCAGUUGAGCACAGAGGACGAACUUACGCCGUGCAACCCCUCCACCUCCGUCACCACGACGACCCCUGAAGAGAAAGUCAUCAUCGUCAUGGAGAAAGUGUAACAGAGGUUCCUCCCUCUGACCUGGAGUACGCCAGACAGCCAUCAGACGUAGGAGAUGCUUCUCGAACGUGGUAGUUGUGAAUCUAGACGAUGAAUGCAGCGGUGUCAGGAGAAAGAUUUGGUCUGGAAGUCAUUUUAUGGGCUUUGGUGCCACAUUCACCAGAUUUAGAGGCGUCUGUUUCAUUUCAGGAUGAUUAAGCUACAACUUAGCUCUCCUUCCUUACCUAAGAGAUCUCCAUGUCCUGCACACUUUUAACACGUAUUAAAUCACACUGUAACCCAAUCUUUGUUGAAUCGCAUCAACAGAUUUUAAUAAAUCCUCUUUACAGUCAAAUAUGGUUAGCAUCGACCCAAACUUCUUAUAUUUGCACACAAGGGGGGAAAUAAUCUCCAUGUGACGCAAAUUCGGCAUAAAAGCUGCACACGUGUUUGUCUGAGGUUGGAAUGACGCUUUCUGUCUUUUGCCCAUAAAUGAGCAUCUUUCAACAGUCGAGCGUUCAGAGGCGGCGAUACCUUCCACUGCCGUCUUGGAUGAUGACGGAGGUUUGGAAAUGUGCCGGGAACAAGUUGGCUUGCUCUGAAAAAGGAAGGGAGGCCGGUGUAGGUGGAUGAUUCACGGCGCCUGAUUGACGGAGGGGAGACUGAUUCACUGGGUUUGACGGCUGGGUCUGUCAGCAGAGCAGAGUUGGGUUUGCAGUUUGCGAAUGGAAAACUUCAAGGUGGACGGCUCAGCAGAGAAAAGCUCUUACAUGAAUGUAAACAAACAAUGGCUGCUUUUAGAGCGAAACAAAGCCCCAAAGAGAGCAGAGGCGGAGCGUGUCAUCGUCCCGUCUUUGUCUCUUUCUCGGAGUGUGAGGUCAGAUCGAACAAUACGCCGCAGACGCUUCGAUCUCUGUCACUUUCUGGGUCUCUUCAUUCAUAAACGCCCCUCCUACGUCCUUAACUUUAGCAGAUUUGAACAAUAAUACAAAACAAAUUGCAGAGCAAACAGAGACAUUUCAAGGCCUUCUGAAAGGGAAACGUGUUUAAAGAGUUUGGUUUAUAUUUAGGUCGUCGUUUCGUACGUUGUGAACUUGAUAGGUAAGUCAGUGUACAUAUUUUGUGACACAGAGACGAGUAUAUUUUAUCAAUGAAGCAGUUAGUAGUUGUUUUGUACAUGCUGCAGUGUUUCAGCUCACCGUAGGAUCUGAAAUUGGACGUGAGAUGAAGAGCAAUAUUUUUAUUCUAAAGGAGUAAAUAAACCCAGAGAAACGUGAAAAAGCAGCGUCAGAAACGUUGGGAUGAAAACGUUUACUGUUGAGUCUUAGACUGAUAUCUUUACUGAUGAGAAAACCGUUUCAUCGUGUUGAAGGCGGUCGGUGUCCUACAGUCCUACAGUCUGAAGCAGGUUUCCGGUCCAACACAGUGUGAUGAUAAAAUGUGUUGAUAAAAUCCAAUCUAUUAGGAAGUGAUACAUCCAUCUAUCAUCUAUACAAGGACACCAGAGCCUAGUGUCUGGGGGUCAGGGGUCACCUUAAGGUGCCAGUCCACCACUGGGUCAACUUUACCUUGACUUUACUGGUAACUCCCAAUGUUUUUCAGCAAAGGUGGCAGUUGUUAUCUUGGUGCCAAAAGGUUUACAAAUGAGGCUGAUGAAAAGUUUUAGAUGCAUUUUUGUUCAACUGAGAAAAGACAAAAUGCUCCAUCCUUCUGUUGGUAUCCGUCUCUUAAGGUUAACGGACAAGAGACACCUGAAGAUGGUUCCCAGUCCAACACACGGUCAAGACAUGUUGAUAUAAUCCAGUCUAUCAGGAAGUGACACGAUCCAGCCACCUUCUUUACAUGGUCAUGAGGGACUGGUGUCUGUCUCUACCUUACUGGGCCAGUCCGCCACUGGUUCUGCGUCUAUCAUCUGAAAUGAUGCUAUAAAGGUAGGUUGUUGCCGUUCACCAGUGCAUUCCUGUUUCUGAACUGUCCAUUGAUGUAGGAGCAUAUUAAAACGUCCAAAUCUUUAGUUGUUGUGAGAGAAAGAUCAGUGAUCGGUGAAACAUCAGACGUUUCCUCCGGCAGUAAAGCUAAAAGGGCCUGUUUGAGGAGAAGUGAAGGUUCUCAUCACCUCAUGACAUCAUCCACCCAACCGUAGUGAACGGAGAGAGACUCAGUCUGGUUGAUUGAUCUCUACACCCUGUGUUCAUGCUGCAUUGAUCCACACCUUCAUGCAUAACUCAACAGAGCCACCGAUACGUGAUGCUAAUGAGCGAUAAGCUAGUAUCCAUUAAAGGCACAGACAAAGUGCUGCCACAGAAACGGAUCACGGUCCGACAGAUCCAGAUAUCUGGACCUGUUGGACCGGGGAGAGACUGAGGAAGAUGCUUCUGGUUGACAGUCGGCACGGUGGAGUGAGAACGACGAGUUCUUAGCGGCUUCUAGAGCGACGCCCAGCUGUUGAUGUUGUAAUUGAUGUUGUGGUUGACGGUGUUUUUUGUUUACCUGAACUUAUAACGUUAUAUAUUUCAUUGGUUUCCGAGUGCCAUUUAUACUUGACUACUGUUACUACUUAGCAUUAUUUAGAGCUGUUCUUGCUCUGUGUGACUGUGGCUUUAUAGCAGAGUGACUUGGGAGUUGUUUGAACUUUGUCUGUAAUUUAGGUUCUCAGAGGCUGAGCAGACCUGAGAUCAGCUUGAGGUGUUUGGGGUUCGAUUAGAAACGGCUUAGAGCGCCGAUAUUUAACGGAAAAGGAUUGAAACAACCAGAACCAUUGGCAAAGAAAGUCAGUCAUUGUCUUUUCUGUCUUGGUUUUGGCCAUUUUUAAGGGAAACUGAGGGAUUAAAGCUGAUUCCAGGACUUCCUGCUUUGGGAAUCCUUGUCUUUAUGUCUCUGUUAAAGUCUAAAUUACUUAUUUCUACUGAUUUAUGUCACUGCAAUAUGUUACUAUUUCCACAUUGACUGGAUUUUCACUGAAAAUGUAGAUUUUUAUUUAAAUUCAAGGCUAAAUAUAGUAAUUCCUGACUGGUGCUAUGCAAUGCCUGUUUUCUGUUCUUCUGCCACAGCAGGUGCUGGGAGAUGAGAAAUCUAAUGUCCAUUUUCUAAAGAGUUGUUUGGUAAAUGGAAAACAUCAGCGCCCAAACUGGAUGAGAAACUGAAGAAAUAAACAUUUAAUGUUAAUUUUGGUUGGUUUAGAGACUGGUUUGGUUUGACUAGACCAGUUUCUUGACCUUAAAGUCCAAAGCUAGUCAAACUUUAUUUUGGAUCUGAUCUCUUUAGUUGACCAGGAUUAUAACUCUCUCCAGUUCCUUCUCUCUGUUUACAGGAUUUUAACUAGUUUGUCUUUUUCCACCUUCAUUUCCUCACUGGCUGAGUUUGUGGGAGAAGAUUUAAAAAAGAUUAAAAUCCUGUAAUAUCCAAAUGACUAGAGCACUAACUAGUAUUAUUAGAAGUAAUAGUUGGUGUGUGUGGAUGUUUGUAUGUAUGUGUGACAUAACUAAACCAGCCUGUUCUAAAAGUGUGGAAAUAUAAUAAAACUGUUGAAUCUAAAA